UAACCGAUUGUCGUUGACCAGGAUUAAGGAAACAUGUAAAGGGAAAAGCAAUGUUUGAGGAAGUGCGUGCUUACCGGCAAAAUAUACUUGACAGGCGACAUUGUACUUUUAAGAGAGUACUUGAUUCACACGCUGUGCCUGUCGUGGAUUUCUUUCUUAACCUGAGGAGAAUGCGAGUAUUAAAAAACGUUAAGAAAUCGAAUAUUUAGAUAACAGAUGAGAAUGUGAUUUAAAAAAAAAAAUACAAAUGUGUAACUAAGGGUAGUAGAUUGUGUAACACGUAAGAGUAAUAUUUUAAGUAAAAGCACUGCUUUUCAGUACGUAUCAUGACAAUAUUAAAUUACUAUUACUAUCUGAAUGUUAAUGUGUAGGGCAUUUUGCAAAAUAAAUGUAGAACCUUGAACCUGGAGAAUGCGCUAAUUGGUUGACAGUUGUACUUACUAUUUAUUGCUUGAAUCUAAACUUCAGCUACCUCGCUUACAGUUUCAUUUAUUAAUAAUAACUAGAAAUUCUAGUAGAACACACUGUCACUUUUUCUGAAUUGAACAAGACAAAAUCAGCAAACCCGUCCAAGCACAUUGCUUUAUUACUUGAAGCUCUGUGAUAUACAUACAUGUUUUAUUAGAUUUUUUUGUACUAUUUUCCUAUAGUUUGCUGUUACGUUUAACAUUUGCACUAUAAAGAUUCCUAUAUCAUAAAUAUACUUGAUGUAAUUUAAAUCGGUUUUUGUGUUUAUUUAUUUUUAAUAGCAGGGUACUUAUUUAGGUCAUAACGUUUUUACUUUAUAUUUCAUAAUAAUACUAAUUUAAACGUACUGAGGGUGAAUAAUAUAGGUUUAUAUCAACGUUUGAUUAUUGUCUAGUGAAAACCUGAAAAGCUGCAGUAUGUCAGGUGUUAAAACUAUUCGACCAGGUGGGUGCAGUCAUGCUAAAAAUGGAGAAAAAGACACAGACGAGUCUGGCAACAAAAAGCAAAGUGAAUCUGCCGAGUGUCCGGAUUGUGACCGGUUCGCGGAGAAGCGAAGCGACCACAUUGUCUGCAGCGUUCUCCUCGAGUUACCGCAGUCGAGGCGAAGGAAGCUGAUUUUGCACUUGGAUCUGAACAACACCAUCCUGGUCUCUGAUGCUGUGACUAAACAAGGAACAGUGGCGGCAUUAGAUUACUUCCUAUCCACUGCCACCUGGGGGAGAGUUAACCGCCAAGGUAGCUGGGAGUGGUUGAGUGACGUGCCCUCCCUCCUCCCUCCAUGCCAGGGCGCUGUGACCUACUACUCCCAGUUCGGCCGGGUCCAGGAUUUCACGGGAACAGCAGAGGGGCAGCGGUUCUGCGGUGUCUUGAAGGAGCACCUGUCUCUGCUGGAGUGGAGAGGAGAGGAGGACGAGGAGCUGGCAGUGAGGGGGGAGGAUGGGAGGCUGUAUCACUGGAUCCUGCCUGCCUUCUUCCAGCUCCUGCAGGCCCUGGAGUCCCAGCACAGAGAGUUCUGUGUUGUGUUCCGCACAUUCGGCACCGACCUGGCCCGUGUGCUGGGAGCCGUGCAGCGUGUGCUGAGGGAGGGGACCCAUCCUCUCUUCACAGGCCUGCAAGCACUCCCAAUGCCCUUGAACCCAACUCCAGGCCGGAUCCGCUGCAGUAAGAAGAAUGUGGUCCUGAGCCGGGGGUCCGAGCGGGUCUCAACGAGGGGGGACGAGCGCAGUCUGUACCGCUACUUCAGCGACCUCCAGGGGCUGGGUGGGUUUCAGGACCAUUUUGACUGGUGGGCUCACAAUAGCUACUCAAACUUGGGUGGAAAGCCCAUCUGGAUUGACCCCUCUGAUCCUGAAGUGCAGCACAUCUUCAUUGACGACAACAUUCGGCUGAACGACGAGGAUAGCAUCAUUACUCCAAAGGUGUUUCUAGGUAAGGCAGGGACCCAGACCCGCACAGCCCUGACCUCUGAACUCUACGAUGUUAACUUGAUUCAGACCGACCUUCUGAGGGCCAUUUCAGACCACAACUACUUCAGUGAGCGCAUCCGGAUCUGUGAGGAGAACUAUGAGAAAUACCUAAAUAAGGAAGAUGGCUAGAGCUUCCGUUUAUCAUCUCAGGGAUUUUCAGUACUGUUAUAAUGAUACCUAAACCAGCUGGUGUCUAUAUUGAUUAUUGCUCCUCCUAUGUGUUUUUUCUAACGUUGAAGUAUUCAGUAUUGUGUCUAUUGUAUUACAGCAGCAGUUCUAAAUACUGCACCCUUAAACUCUUUAUUAACCCUUUCUGGAUCUUAGUGGUUGUAGCUAACAAAAUAUUGAACUUUAAUAAAUGUUACCCAUUCCAGGUUUUACUAUGAUCUUGAUUGGACCCAGUGUAUAGGUAACAAGCUCAGGUGUGUCUUCUUAAAUGCACAGUAAAACCAGGAAUGGAUCAGAUUGCUAUGCCAUGGGAGUCUUAUUUCCAUCCCUGCUUACCUGACAUAAAAGAAACUUCCCAGUUUGCUUGCCUUUCCUUCCUGGAAAUCUGUUACACUUGCACUUCCUAGGUCGUUUCAUCGAAAAAGUGUCUUUGAGGUCAAGCAUCUUGCUGGCUGCGAAGCGUGUCAGUCAUUAGGGGAAGCCACUGGUUAGUUACGGUCAGGAAAAAUAGCCCUGAAGAGGUGGAAUGACAAUGAAAGUGCAAGACUGUUUGAAAGCAUGGCCUGCAAACAGAGAUUUCUUUAACCUAGUGUAGUAGCAGAUGAAAAUGCAUGUUUGUCAAACUACACAUUUGAGGCCAAUAUAGUAAAUGGAUGUACUUGGCAUGGAAAAUGUAUGAAAUUAUUUUGUUAGCUACAGUCAAUUUAACUUUACGUUGUGUCCAGGACUUUUAAAGUAAAUGCACUCUGGGAUUCUCAUGUCUAACAUUACUACACCAAUAUAUAUUUUUUACAGCCAGAUAUAUAUUUAAAUGGGGAGAACCUAGAAAUUCAGGAAAUAAAUAGUAACAGGAUUACAGGGGUUUGAAACUACCAAAAGUUUCUUGUGUAUCAAAAUACACUUAAUACUAUGACAUGCUUUUAGGUACAUUCAUGUUGUAUCAUCUUUCUAUUGUGAUGAAUACUUAAAAGCAUGUUAUGUUUCUAAAGUAUUUAUAAAAGUACAGCCCCCAGCACCAUCUCUAUCACAGCCCGUACAUUUUCCUGCAGGUGAAGACAAUAGAGUUGGCAUUGCGUUGCUUUCUAAAUAAGGAAGUCAAAGACUGGAGUGCUAGAUCACUGAAUUUAGCUAAAAGCUACCAGGAGACUGCCGGCACUGUAAGGAAACUCGGAUACACACCAUACAGCAAGACAAUGUUUGUUAACUUGUAUGCUUCUUGUUGAGAUUCAGAUAUUUAAUAACAGGAUCUGGCUUGCAUGGUGGCAGUCUGAGAAAUAAAUACAGCAAUCUCGACACAUCGCAAAACAGAUCUCUCGAUUGACAAGAAUAAGCAAUUGCACAGAAUACCAUUCCAAUUAAUGUGUUUGUAGAAUAUGAGUUAGCAAUUUUUACAGUUAUAGCUGCCUGUUGAAGCAUCACUUUUUUACGGUGUACAAUGCUGUCUGUGGGAUUUAAACAGACUGCAUUUAAAUGUAUUUAUUUCUUCCUGUAUUGAUUCCCUCUGCACCUUCAGGGAAGCUGUGUGCAAAUGCAUUAAAUCCAAUUGAUUUAAACACUGUA